UCCUGUCUUUGGGUCUCUGUCCCUGUCCCCUUCUCUCUCUGGAUAUUUCUCUGUGUGUAUCUCUCCAACUUCCUUCUGCUUCCAGCCGCUGCCUCCCCCAAAUUUCUCCCUCCCCCAUUUCUGUUUCGCGGUCUCUGGGUCUCUCUCUUUCCGUUUCUCCUCGUCUCUCUCUGUCUCUCUCCCUCCCUCUCUGGAUCUCUCUCUCUUCUUCUCCGGCUUCCUUCUGCCACUCGACCCUGCCCCCCUCUUUCCCUUCCCCCAUCCAUCUCCUCUCCGAGGCUCCCCAUCCCUCAGCAGCUCCCCUCCCCCUCCCUCCCUACUCCCUCCCUCUCGUCCUCCAGCUCCGCACUUUACCCAGCGACACGAGAACCAAAUUGUCUCCUCACCUUUUUUUUUUAUAUAUAUAUAUAUCCCGACCCUCACUCCCUUGGGGCCCAGGCUCAGAGCUGCCCCUCAGCCCCAGCCUGGCCUCAGCACCCCCAUUCUCCAUACGCCUCCUCAUCUCCACCCCCCGAACCAGGUCGGACGCCUGGGUCCCUCACUGCUGGGGGAGGGGGAAGCAGCGAGAAUUGGGAGCCAAAAGGUUUUUCUGGGGGGGGUGCCAACAGGGGAGGCUGGACGUCCCCUCCUCCGUGCAUCGGAGAGUUGACCUAUCAUUAACAGAGCCGCCGACCAUGGCCGCGCUCUGACCCCCUCCCCGGCCGCAGCCUCCUCCUCGCCGCCCCCUCCCCAGCCCCGCCGGCCCCGGGCCCCCCGCUUCUGCCUGCGCUGUGACCCCCCCCAGCCGCCGGCACGGCCCCGCCCCCGCUGCCCCGGUGGUGGCCCACGGCCCCCCGGCUGCCCGUGGUCAAACUGGAGUCGCUGAAGCGCUGGAACGAAGAGCGGGGCCUCUGGUGCGAGAAGGGGGUGCAGGUGCUGCUGACGACGGUGGGCGCCUUCGCCGCCUUCGGCCUCAUGACCAUCGCCAUCAGCACUGACUACUGGCUCUACACGCGCGCCCUCAUCUGCAACACCACCAACCUCACGGCCGGCGGCGACGACGGGACCCCCCACCGCGGGGGCGGCGGCGCCUCGGAGAAGAAGGACCCCGGCGGCCUCACGCACUCGGGCCUCUGGAGGAUCUGCUGCCUGGAAGGGUUGAAAAGAGGCGUCUGCGUGAAGAUCAAUCAUUUCCCGGAGGACACGGACUACGACCACGACAGCGCGGAGUAUCUACUCCGAGUUGUCCGGGCCUCCAGCAUCUUCCCCAUCCUUAGCGCCAUCCUGCUGCUGCUCGGGGGUGUGUGCGUGGCGGCCUCCCGCGUCUACAAGUCCAAGAGGAACAUCAUUCUGGGCGCAGGGAUCCUGUUCGUGGCAGCAGGCCUGAGCAACAUCAUCGGCGUGAUCGUGUACAUCUCGGCCAACGCGGGCGAGCCGGGCCCGAAGCGGGACGAGGAGAAGAAAAACCACUACUCGUACGGCUGGUCCUUCUACUUCGGCGGGCUGUCGUUCAUCCUGGCCGAGGUGAUCGGCGUGCUGGCCGUCAACAUCUACAUCGAGCGCAGCCGCGAGGCGCACUGCCAGUCUCGCUCGGACCUGCUCAAGGCCGGCGGGGGCGCGGGCGGCAGUGGCGGGAGCGGCCCCUCGGCCAUCCUCCGUCUGCCCAGUUACCGCUUCCGCUACCGCCGCCGCUCCCGCUCUAGCUCCCGCUCCAGCGAGCCGUCGCCGUCGCGGGACGCGUCUCCCGGCGGCCCCGGGGGCCCGGGCUUUGCCUCCACGGACAUCUCCAUGUACACGCUCAGCCGCGACCCCUCCAAGGGCAGCGUGGCCGCGGGGCUGGCGGGGGCCGGCGGCGGCGGCGGUGCCGUGGGGGCGUUCGGCGGCGCGGCCGGGGGCGCCGGGGGCGGCGGCGGAGGCGGCGGAGGGGCGGGUGCCGAGAGGGACCGCGGGGGGGCGUCCGGCUUCCUCACGCUGCACAACGCCUUCCCCAAGGAGGCGGGCGGCGGCGUCACGGUCACGGUCACCGGGCCGCCCGCCGCGCCCGCGCCCGCGCCACCGGCGCCCGCUGCGCCCGCCCCCGGGACCCUGGCCAAGGAGGCCGCCGCCUCCAACACCAACACGCUCAACAGGAAAACCACGCCUGUGUAGGGGCGCGGCGGGGGAGCCGAGGGGCGUGUCCGGGGCGCGUGCGCGGGCGCGCGUGCAUCGAGGCUGCCGGGGUCGGGGGCGCCCCCGCUUUUCCCCGUGAGCGCGCUGGAGACUGCUGGGCCCGCCCCACGCCCACCCUCCUCGCCCCCCUCCCCCUCCGAAGCAGGGACCCCGAGGGAGGGGGCAGGGGAGGGAGUGGGCCGCUGUGAGGGAGCGUUGUGUUUUAUUUUUUUGGGGGAUCUCUGGGGAGGGGGGAGGGCCAUGGUGUUUUUUGCAGU